AUGGCGCAAGGUUUCGUCAAUCGAAAUGCAUUGACUAAAAGUUUAUCAAAUAUGAGCAUUGGAAUUUUAGGGUUACUGUACUUCAUCUUGUUCAAAUCUAUAGGAUUGCUUCCAUGGCACUUUAAUUACAUGAAGCUAUUUAAAUGGAACCCUGCUCUUUACUAUUACAAUUACGGAUUUUCCACAUCACUUCUAGGAACCUAUUGGAGCGUACUCUACAGCCUUGGCUUAGCCUAUGUAGAUUACUGUUACAUGGUUUAUUAUCCGAAAGUACUGCCGAAGAAGAUUGGAGUAAUGAUAGUACGGGAACAGAAAUUAUUGCAGUGCGCUUCAUUGGGAAUAGUGGGCAUCACCAUGAUCAUCUAUGGGUGCAGACAGAGCACAUUGAUAAACCCUUUGAACGAAGUGCAAGAAAUUGAUGAUAGGCUGAUGAAAAUUACGGGUCGCAAAGUGAAAAACGGCUGCAGUGCCUAUUGUGUGAUGAUUGCCAACUUGGUAGUUUGUGCCGGUGUGUCAGUAGCAAAGUACAUUGAAUUGGAUGGCAAACCAUUUUUCCAAUUUUUCAUGACUGUCUAUCCGUGUCUCUUUUCAAACUUUUUAGUGCUUCAAUAUGUCAUGUCGCUGGAUGUUGUCAUUAAACGCUUCAUACAGCUCCACUACGCGAUUGUCAAGGUCGAUAACGACGAUGUUGCUAACUUAAAGUCCCUACAAAAAAGAAAACAGAGGAUCAACAACGCAUCACGCCAACGGAGAAUUUUGUUUGUCAGUAACAUUCUAGAAGACCUAGAUGAUAUACGUUUAGACGUACUCUGGUUCUUUUCACCACAACUGGGAAUCGCUAUUAUCAAUAUGACUGGCAUAGCUGCUGUUGUCGGGUAUGAUAUCAACCAGAUGUGGAAAGGAAAUGCGACUCUCCAGCCAAUGGAGCUUUUUAUGUAUGGACUGUGGUAUGCUACGGUGAUUCUCGUGCUUCUUGUAUUGAUAAUCUAUUAUUCUCUAGCCAAAAUAGCGGUAAUUAAAUUUGAUCUUGAUGAUAUUAUUUUUGGACAAUGGAUUGAAAGCGAUUUUGUUUUUCAGGAAAAAUGGACGAGGUACAAAUUAUGGCUGAUUACAGAUUUUAGUCUGCUAGCAUUAGCUGAUGGAGCUAAGAUGGAAGAGGGUUUGAGGAAUCAAGCGCAAGAACGUUUAGAAGGUGACGGGGACUUACAAUCUUUGGAUGUUACUUUUCUGUAA